AUGUCUGAUAAUCGUGGGAAAAAAAACGAAAAAGAAGCCAGAGAGUGGUUAGAUAGUGCAAAAGAAAAUAAAUUUAUUACGUUUGUAGACUUCGACAAAUUCAGAGAUGUAGUGAAAAUCGAGGAUUCAGCCCACAUUAUAAUAAAGAGGGCCUUUUCAAGGCCUUUAGGAAGAGAAGUAACCUUGACGACAUUUAAGAUAAGUCUUAGAGAUUUAGUUAAAGAGUUACAAAAGUACCAAAAGGUUGCAGCACAUAAUAAUAUUUUGAGUUAUAUUGGUUUAGCGCAAGAUCCCGAUCAAAGUAACUUAUACAAUUAUAGUUUGAUUUUAGAUUAUGCUAAGGAUAAUUUAAGAGAACAUUUAAGUGCCAAUGAAUUAACAUGGGCUCAAAAAUUAACACUUGCUGGAGAAUUAACAAGUGGAUUAUAUUGUAUACAUGAUUCUGAUAUGUUUCAUGGCAAUUUGGGUACAAUAAAGCUCCACAAUUUUGGAAAGUUCAAAAAAAUAGAAGAAUCCAAAAAAACUUUGGCUCAAUAUUUUGAAUCAAUACCCUACUUAGACCCUCAGCAUCUAAAAAACCCAAAAGAAUUCUCUAUGGAUCUAAGGGUAGCCGAUAUAUACAGUUUAGGUGUAUUACUUUGGGAGAUUUCAUCACAAAAACCACCAUUUGAAAAAUAUUCUAAUGAGCCAUGUAAGCUAUGUUAUAAAAUUGUUUAUGAAAAUCUUCAAUGUUGGCAAACUGAAAGAGAUCUGCGUCCUAAUGCUGAGGACGUUUUGGAAUAUCUGGUAGCUGAAGAUUUAGCUAAUUUCGAUUAA